AUGGCUUCAAACAUUCUAGUUGAUCGACAGCGAUUGAUGGCUGAUGGAAAUGAAAAUCCUCCUCCUCCUCCUCCUCCAUAUCAAAAUAUAAGUACAGAUUCGUAUGGAACAUUUAUAGGUGAUGUUGGAACAUCAGUACCUAUUACUACAGCACCGUCAUCUUAUCUAUAUGCGUUGGAGUCUCAACCACCUACAGUUAUUGUUCUUGGUAGUUGUCCAGCUUGCAAAAUUGGCAUGUUGGAAAAUGAUUUUACAUGUUUAGGUCUCUGUUGUGCGAUCUUCUUUUUUCCAAUUGAAAUGAAAUUAAAAGAAAUAGAUCGUACUGCUCAUGUUGCUUGGUCGCCCGCUAAAUGGCAAGAACAAAAACCAAAUGGAAACUAUUUAGUUACUGGUACUGCUGCACAACAACUUGACGCAAGUUUUAGCACAAAUUCUCAAUUAGAAAUAUUUCAAGUGAAUUUAGCUGAUAGAAGUAUGGCAAUGAUACCAAUCGGAUCAAUAAAAACAGAUUAUCGCUUCAAUAAAUUAAUUUGGCCAUCAGCUAAACUAUUAAUUGGAGCUACAGAAAAAGGACGAAUAUAUUUAGUUGAUCCAAUAGCUCAAAAAAUAACUGAACAACUUGAUAAACAUACUGCAAGUGUUCAUUCAAUUGAUAUAAAUAUUCUUCAGUCAAAUUUAUUUGCAAGUGGUGGAUCUAAUUCCGAAUUGAUGAUCUGGGAUUUAAACGAUCUUAAACAACCAAUGAUACCAGGUGGUACAUCGUCAACAACUCAUCAUAUUGAUGAAGAAGUUCAAUGUGUCGCAUGGAAUAGACAAAAAUCGCAUAUACUUGGUUCAACUCUUGGUGGAAAAACUCUUAUUUGGGAUUUAAAAUCAAGUAAUGAACCAAUUUUCAAAAUAAGUGAUUCAACAUAUCGAAUGCGUACAAAUCGUCUUGUUUGGCAUCCAGAUAUAACAAGUCAAUUGUGUUUAGCUAGUGAAGAAGAUCAAUCAGCAGCUAUACAAUUAUGGGAUCUUCGUUAUGGCGCUAGUCCUAUGAAAUUACUUAGUGGACAUACAAGAGGGAUUUUAGAUUUACAAUGGUCACCAAAUGAUAGCAAUUUAUUAAUGUCAAGCGGUAAAGAUAAUAAAAUAAUAUGUUGGAAUCCAAAUGAUUUGAGUGUUAUGGCGGAAAUUGUUUAUGAAAUUCCAUGUAAUCAUUGGUGUUUUGAUAUCAAAUGGUGUCUUGUCGACCCAAAUUUGAUAUCGGCUUCAUCAUUCGAUGGUACACUAAGUAUUUAUACAUUAAUGGGUGGCUCAUGUCAAGUUUCUCGUCCAGUGAAUAAUCAAUUAUUUACUCAAGCAUUUGGCGAUGGAUUAAAUGCAACCGAAGCACUUCCGUCAACAAUUACGCAUGAUGUUUUACCUAUUAAAUAUGCACCGAAAUGGAUGCGACGCCAAACAAGAGUUUCAUUUGGUUUUGGUGGCAAACUAGUGAUAGUUCAACCUCCAACAAGCCCACCAACAACCGAAUCAGGUCCAUCGUCUCCAAAUACUAUUAACAAUCGUCGUCCACCUGUAGUUAUUCAACAAGUUGUUGUUGACCAUGAAUUUGUUCAAGUUGUUCAAACAUUCGAUACAAUGUUACAAUCUGGUACACUACUUGAUUAUUGUGAUCAUCAAAUAUCUUCACUAUCAUUAUCGCAAGAUGAACAGAUUUUAUGGCGCUUUUUACGUGCUUCAUUUGAAAGUGAUCCUAGAAAUAAAUAUAUUGAAUUAUUAGGUUUUCGUCGUGAUGAUCUUUUAAGUAAAGUUCAAACAUUAACAAAAGAUGAAAAACAUGAUUUACCUAUGGAUGCUAUCAAUGGUUUACAUAUUCAAGAUAAUAAAAUUAAAAAAAGUUCAAAUUCUGAAAUAGAAACAUUAUUAAGUCGAUGCAUUAUGUUAGGACAAUUUGAAGCUGCUGUCGAAUUAUGUUUUCAUGAACAACGUUAUACAGAAGCUCUUCUUCUUGCUCAUCUUGGUGGUCAAGAACUUUUAUAUUUAACACAAAAACGAUACUUUGAAAAAGUUCAAACUCCAACAGCCAGAUUGAUUGAUAUUGUUAUAAGUCAAGAUUGGACACGUUUAAUCGCAUCAAGUAAUAUGACCAAUUGGCGUGAUGUACUUGUUGCCCUGCUUACUUAUACAAAUGAUUCGACGUUUAUCGAUUUAUGUAAUAAACUUGGUCAUCAGUUAGCUAAACAGCAUAUGGAUACGAACGAUUCAUUCCGUACAUAUGCAUCAAUAUGUUUUAUUUGUACGGGUAAUUUGGAACAAUUCUCUGUAACUUGGUCAAGUAAAUAUCAACAGCAAGGAAUGUCACCAAUGCAAUUAGAACAACUUAUUGAAAAAUUAUUCGUUCUUAGACGAUCAUUAGAUUAUGCAACUGCACAUCAACAACAACAACAGAAGAAAACAGUUAUUACGCCACCAUCUAUGGAUGGACCGUCGAUAAGUCGACAUUUAGCUUUAUUUGGACAAUUGUUAGCUAAUGAAGGUUGUACAAGAGCAGCACUAAUGUAUUUAGGCAAUUUACAAACAUCGGAACUUGUAGUUUUACGCGAUCGUCUUUAUCAUGGUUUACCAAUGAGCCAAUUAACUGGUAUACCAAAACCACCAAGUCCAUUUCGUAGAGUUGAUAUUCCUACACCACAGCAGCAACAGCAACAGCAGCAGCAGCAACAACAACAACAACAACAACAACAACAACAACGAAAAGCAAGUUCAACUAUGCCACAACACUUUCGACCUCAAGUUCCUGCUGAACAACCAUUGGUGCCGCCAUCGAAUGCUAGUUGGCCAUCAGCACAAAAUUUACCUAGUGAUUUUACUGUAAGACCAGGAACUACAUCUAUAACAAAUCGAUAUCCACCACAACCUACGGUUCCAUCGUAUCAACCAACUCUUUAUAAUCCUACUACUGUUGUUCCUCAACAUUAUACACCAACGCCAGUAAUGUCUAAUUCACAAUAUGUUCACGGUCAUUCAAAUCAAGUGGCACCAACAUCAACUGAUCUAUCCAGCGUACCACCCAUCCCUUCUUCGAUUCCAUCUUACCAAGAUUUUAAACCUACUAGUGCAUGGAAUGAUCCUCCGACAGUUUUAAUGAAAACACCAAAACAAAUUUCGGUUAAAUCAUCUGGUCCUCCGACAGAUGGUCUUAAUUCUGCUAAUUCUACAUUUCUUCCAGUUCCUAAUGAGCCUCCUCAAUCGACAUUUCAUUUUAAUCCAACAAUAGCAAAUCAUUCAACAGCAUCUAUGCCUCCUCCAACAAUGUUAAAUCAAUCCACAGCACCUAGUUUUCCUCCAACAAUAUCUAAUCAGCCAACAGCUUCGAUGUUUUCUCCAACAACAACAACAUCUGAUUUUGCUCAUCAUACUGCUCCUUCAACACAUGAAACAUCAAGUCGUAAAGCAGCGACUCCUCCUCCGCCACCUGCACCCGUUGUUAAAGGUCCAUUACCGACUGAGCAGCAAAUAAUACAAGACACCCUUGAUUUACUGGUUAGUCGAUGUCAACAAGCAACACAACAACUACCAUUAAAACGAAAAUUAGAUGAAGUGAAAAAGAAACUUGAUGUUUUAUAUGAUAAACUUCGAGAAAAUCGAGUUCCACUAAGUGCUUUGCAAGGUAUUCAUGUAAUCAUAGGUCAUAUUCGUCAAUAUGAUUAUCAAACAUCACUUUUGGUCUAUAAUCAAAUAGUUGCAAGUGAAAAUCUAGCCGAAACAAGUCAAUAUAUGCCAGCUGUUAAGAUUCUUCUUCAAUGUUGUAUUCAACUUAAUGUUUACUGUCAAUAA